GCCUAACAAUUUUACUUCACUCCAAAUUGAUCCUCUUCUCUUCUCUCUCUCCAUUGUGAUUGUUUGGCUUAGUACCACCGUAGUUGAAAUAGGAAGAGCCACAGAUGAUUAGAACCGAUGUGGGCAACUCCUGGAUUCCGUCAAGCGGUUGUUCCGGCUCCGAUAACCCUGACAGCUCACCUAAACCCAAAGCUUGUCUUCGACUUUCAAAAUACUAACAAACACCCAUCCUACCGUUUGGGUUUGGGUUUUCAUCCUCCGCCGGAGACAAAGUUCAGAGUUCCGGCGGCCAAGAAACACCACCUCCCUCAAUUGCAGACUUCCAAACCAAAUGGUGAAUCAACUUCAUCACAAGAGGAGGCUGCUGAUAAAGGAAUUGAUUUGGGAUGGUUGCCUGCAUUCCCUCACGUUUUGGUUGCUUCCAUGUCCAAUUUCCUCUUCGGUUAUCACAUUGGAGUAAUGAAUGGUCCUAUUGUAUCUAUUGCACGGGAGCUUGGUUUUGAAGGAAACUCAUUUAUUGAGGGACUAGUAGUGAGUAUAUUCAUAGCCGGAGCAUUUAUUGGAAGCAUCAUCUCUGGUUCAUUGGUCAAUAAACUGGGUUGUCGACGCACCGUUCAGGUUGACACAAUACCACUUAUUCUUGGUGCCAUUAUAAGUGGACAAGCUCACUCCUUGGAUGAAAUACUCUGGGGAAGAUUUCUUGUUGGCCUUGGCAUUGGGGUGAACACGGUUCUUGUUCCUAUUUAUAUUUCAGAGGUAGGAAGACUAGAAGAUGCUAAAGAAGUUAUCCGUAACCUUUGGGGGCCAUCUGAAGUCAACAAAGCAAUUGAAGAAUUUCAGUCGGUCAAUAGGAAUGAUGAUUUGGAGAGCGGAUGGCUGGAACUCCUAGAGCAGCCACACACUAGAGGUUGUAUUAAGGUGGCUUUCAGCUUCCAUUUUAAGGUUGUUGGUGAAGUGGCAUAUACAGGGAAACAUUGCUGGGUUCUAUUUGACAAUGUAGCAGCUGGUGAAUUCACAUCUAAGGUAGUUCAUGAGUGUCCAGAUGAAUGGCUACCUCAGCUUGCAGCUGGUAUCAAGACGAUUUUGCUAGUGCCUGUUGUUCCAUGUGGAGUUUUGCAACUUGGCUCAUUGGAAAAGUCAUCUAGAAGGUGGAGGACAAUUCUCUAUAUUGCGAGUGUCCCUGGAUUUAUUUUAUUCCUUGGAAUGCAGUUUGCUGUAGACAGCCCAAGGUGGCUAUGCAAAGUAGGAAGACUAGAAGAUGCUAAAGAAGUUAUCCGUAACCUUUGGGGGCCAUCUGAAGUCAACAAAGCAAUUGAAGAAUUUCAGUCAGUCAAUAGGAAUGAUGAUUUGGAGAGCAGAUGGCUGGAACUCAUAGAGCAGCCACACUCUAGAGUUGCAUUCAUUGGAGGUGCCCUUUUCAUACUUCAACAGUUUGCUGGUAUAAAUGGAGUUCUUUAUUUUUCGUCAUUGACUUUUCAAGGUGUUGGAAUUACGAGUGGUGCUUUAGCAAGCUUAUUUGUCGGACUUACCAACUUUGCAGGUACACUUGGUGCUUUAUACUUGAUGGAUAAGCAAGGGAGGAAAAGGCUUAUAAUUGGUAGUUACUUGGGAAUGGCAAUAUCGAUGUUUCUAGUAGUCUAUGCUAUUAGCUCUCCAAUGGAUGAAGAGCUUGGUCACAACUUAUCAAUAUUGGGAACUGUCCUGUACAUCUUUACCUUUGCUAUUGGAGCUGGCCCAGUAACUGGUCUUAUUAUACCGGAGCUUAGUAGCAGCAGGAUGCGUGGGAAGAUCAUGGGUUUCAGUUUCUCAGUUCAUUGGGUUUGUAAUUUCUUGGUUGGUCUGUUCUUCCUUGAACUUGUGGAGAAAUUUGGAGUUGCUCCAGUUUAUGCAAGCUUUGGUGCGGUUUCCUUGCUGUCAGCAAUAUUUGCUUACAAUUUUAUCGUUGAAACUAAAGGACGUUCCCUUGAAGAAAUUGAGAUGUCUUUAAAUCCCAAUUUUGCGGCCAAGGAUGAGUGACCGGUAUCUAAAUCCUUGAUCAAGAGAAGUAGAGACGACACAGAAAGUUUAUCUAGCUUGAGCCUUAGUUGCAGAAGAUGGUUAUUCUGAUGUGGCUGUCUUCAGGCAUUUAAGGUUAUUUUGAAGUCUUGUAUUUUCAUUGCAUUUCGGAUUAUGAUAGAUUUUAUUUCGUUUUCUUUGGUGUACUAUUGAAAUUGUACAGUUAGUUUCUUUGUGACAGUUUAUUUUUGGACAUAGUGUUAUUGUGUUAAUUGAAAUAGCCUUUUUGUGUGUUGA